AUGCUAGCCAUUAUUUUCGCAUGCUUAUUGCGAUUAGCUAAUGGUCAGUAUUCAAGCAUAACCGAAUCACCUGUCAAUGUAGAAUCAGAAGGAAGCUACGGAGGAAACGAAUCAGACGAUGGCUACACAAGACCAACAGUUCCUGUAGCUGCACCACGUGUUCUAACAGGAGAGGGACCAUCACUCGGAUACCGGCCACCACCACCACCAAUAAGACGAGAUGCCAAAAGUAGUGGAAAGUGUUCAUUCGAUCAUAACUCUUGGCGAUUUGAGCCUCAAACUGCAGUUGCAAAUGCAAUAAUGUUUGAGCGAACAACUGGUUCUACAUGCGAGGAUUGUAUUAAAAAAUGCCUCUCUUUUCAGAAUGCCGAUUCGGAAUGGGUGUGUCGUUCGUUAACUUUCGAUCAUCAUUGGAAAAUUUGCGAUUUGUUUGCUGUAAAUGGCACAAGCCCGCCUCAUUUCCUUACUGAAUAUUUGGAUAGAGAUUAUCUCGAGUAUUAUACAUAGUAUCUAAAUGUUAGUCCAUCUUCCCAAGUUCACUCAAGUCAGUACACAGCUAUUUCGGAUGCAGAAAAUGAAGAGCCAAGUCACCCAGCAGUUCCACAAGACACGGAAGUAACCGGAACAGGAACUGAAUAUCGAUCAGAUUUGUCUCCGGGCUAUCAAGCAUCAGCUAUACAUCGAAAAUCGGAUAGCAAAAGUAGUGAAAAGCUCUGCAGAGAUAAAGAUGUGACACGUUACAUAAUGAUACCAAACUACGAACGACUAAAUUCAGCGACUGAUACGCAACUUGUUAAAGGGGAAAGUUUGAAAGAAUGUACGAGAGCAUGUGACGGAGAUGAAACUCUUACUUGUUCAUCUGUGAUCCAUAGAGGUAAGGAAUGCGAAUUAUCAGUUUCAAAGGCUAUUCAUAAAAACAGUGACGAUUUCAUUUUCAAGGAAAAUAGUACAUAUCUGGAAAAGUUUUGUUUACCAGAGAAUUUGGCGGAAGGAACAGAAAAAUUGUGGCCAACAGUCUUGGAUCAUAUCCUUGUUGGACAUGUUAUGGAAGUAAUCGACGCAUCUUCGCUCAAGGAAUGCAUGACCGCCUGUUUGCAAGCUGAACAGGAAUUCUCAUUCGUAUGCCAUUCAGCAAUGUGGUACCCAAACGAUGAAGAUCAAAACUGCUUGUUAAAUACGGAAAGUCGCGAAACACAUCCAAACGUAUUUGUUGCUGAAGACCAGGGAGUUCGAAUGUUUUAUUUCGAAGUCCCACGAACCCGCAAUAAGAAAGAAAUAUCGGACGUUUUCCGGGACGAUCCAGUUGAAGACGAUUAUACACGAUGGUCAUCAUGCGACAGUUCCAAUCUACAACACCGCUAUUUGAAAUGCAAAGAACAAACAGAUGUACGAAAAUGUCCACAACAAACAAAAUUCUGCAAACAAGGUUCAAAAAUGUUGCGAAAAGGAAAAUGUCUAGCAGUACGAGACUCGAACGGACGCAAAAAAUGUCCACACGGAAUCCGAAAAGUACAUAGUGGACACAUCGUAUAA